GGGUUUGACAACGUUGCUGUUCCUCUCUGAUGGAGUGGUGCACAUCCCCGCCAUACUGACCCAGGACGCCUGGGAGACUCUUCAGGAGCAGGAGGACCGUGAGUGCUUCUCCAGUCUCAUUAAUUGCACAGUGUGUGUGUAUUCAUACACUCUGCAGUUCAACAUGGACUCUGAACAGACAAAGAGCCAGUUUUACAUAUCAGUUGGUGAGCUGACCACUACAUCAGCUGGGGCUGCUAAAGACAACACCCCUUGCUGCACAUCGCUCAACUCAGUCAGACAAAAGAUCUGUACAACAUGGAGAUCCCUGCUUGCACAGGAUUCUGUUCAUACUCAGAACACCCAGUCUGAGUUCAGUCUGUCAGAGCUGCUGGGGGAGUGGCAGCUUGACUGGCGCCAGUCUCUGUUGGAGGAUGUGAUGGAACUCCUGAGGACACCCACAAACCCCCCCUCAACACAGGCCUCAACCUCCAACGCCCUCACACACACUGGCACCAGAUGGGCUAUUGAAAGGUUCAGAUAUAAGAGGGAGGAUACUUUCAAUGUCCCUGUGUCUCACCUACACAUUCCAGACAAUCUGAGUCAGAAACUGCACGCACCCUCAGAAGACAACAGUGAAACGCAGAGUGGACUGGUCCCUCCAUCUGAAGACAGACCGACAGACCCACCAGAGACAGAUCAACCAAUCGUUGCUGCUGACAGCAGGCAGACUGACAGGCCAGUGCCUCUGGAGAGAAGACAUCCUGCCCAUGAGACCACACUUUCUCAGGAAAGUAUGGAUGGCGAGGUGGUGUCAGGGAUGACCGGAGGAGCAGUGGCGAGCCCAUGGGACAUUUUUGCACCAGCAGCUGAGCUGCUCAGGACCUCCUCUGCAUCUGACGAAUCCAUUAACUCGGAGCCCCUCCACCUCCAGAAGAGCCAGUCUCUGCUUGACUCCACUCCACAACCAGUCACUCGUGCAACAUUUCCCCUGGCAACCAGCACCCAGGUGCCAUCCCUGACCCCUGGGGCCACCCAAAGGUCAGGCGAGCGCUCCCUUCCUCCUUAUCAAAAACCAGGCCCCUCCCAUAGCCUACUCACCUCCUGUGGCUCCUCCUCCACUGUGAGUCUAUCUACAAAGAACCAACACUCUGGCAUGAAGCUCCACCACAGUGGCUCAACCACAGCACAUCAACUUCCAGUCACAGAGCAGCAGGAUCAGGUGGAGGAAGAGGAGGAUCUUGUGAAGAGGUGGUGUAGGAAGGCUAAGAGGAAGAGUUCCGUGCAGACCCCCGAGGAUAAUGAUAUCACCUGGGAGGAGGAAGAUAUGCAGAAGAACCGCAGCCCGCCCUCCUGGAUGUUUGAAACUCAGGAUAUUCCCAGGAUUGGGGAGGGAAGCAGCUGCAAUCAGAACGCAGUUGCAGCAAUAGCCCCCCAGAGGCCCUCCAAUGUUCACAGUGAUGGCACUUUGUUCUCAUAUUCUUAUCAGCUGUGUGGCCGCAUUUCGAAGGAUCUAAGCCAUUUAAAGAUUCCUGAUGGCAUGUUGCACUGGGCUGUACGGUACCUGGUCCCUUCCAUGCAGACGGAGGUUGUCAAGGAUACACAGCUGCGACCCCAGACUCACCCCAGUUGACAACCUGAGGUCAUCGCCCCCAUCUUCCCAUUGUGUUGAAUCCAUAGUGUACAGAGGCAGCUUUGUUUUUUUAUGAAUCUCUAUUGUUAUGUUUAUAUAACAUUCUGAAUAUUGAAUUGAAUUGAAUUGUUGAGGCAGCUGUGUCAACUCUUUUUCACUGUAGCUGAAAUACAUUCCCACAGCAUGAUGCUGCCACCACCAUGCUUCAGCGUAGGGAUGGUGCCAGGUUUCCUCCAGAAGUGACACUUGGCAUUGAAUUGUGAAUAGUAAUUGAAUUGUGUCAACUCUUUUGUGAAGCAGGCAAAUGUGAACUUAUCAACUUUUAAUUUGUUAACAGCAAGAUAAUUUCAUUGUCAGUUACACAGAUGUUCUUUCCUUAAUUUGACAUUUGAAUAACACACAUGCACUUAUUUCCUUAUGCAAACAUUCACUGGCUGCUAUAAUAAAAUACAAAUCAUA